AUGAUCAUCUUAAAGGUCGAUCUGAGUGGUUCCUUUAGAAAGUGUCUGACAUUUGUGCCUUCACAGAAACAGGGACGAGUACGAAAUAAGGUACAAGAAAAGAGGAAACAAUUCGUCAAAGAAGAGAGGAGCAGAUUCCAAGAACACUCGGAUAAGAUCGCAAUGCUUGUGGAUGAUGAAGAGCUGGAGCUGAGAGAAUUACAAGGAAGCCCAAAUGCACUGGGGUUCUCUGAACAUUUUACUCAUAAUGGAGAUCAUGCCUGUUCACUUUUCAAAGGUUGGUUUGAGGGAAGAACAGAACGCUGUUCAAGACUAAGUAUAGGAAUUGGUUCAAAGUUCCUUGUGAUAUUGCAGUCUUCUUCACAAGGAGGGGAGUCAUUGUAUUCUGGGAGACGAACACUAGUGAACCAUAAGCACUGGGGCAUAAUUCGUCUUAAGGGAGACUAUCUGUGUAUUUGUGUUCAUGACUUCAGGUCCCGAAGUGAUGCUUGGAUCAUGAAGGAAUAUGAGGGUGACAGAAUCUUUGGAGCCUUCUUUAUUCUAUUGCCGUGCUGGGACUUGGGGAUUCUAUUAAGCCUGGGGUGCCUGACUUAUGCAACCUUUGGUGUUUUCAAAGAAAGGCGAAAUGGUUCUUUUGAAGGUGGAAUGCCGAAAUUACUAGGAUACAUUAUUUGGUAUGGAUUUAGAGGAAAGAGCGUCAAGCAAGUUGAAACUAGGGGUCUGCCUCUUCAUCACUACAAAGAAACCAUUUGUUGGGGGUGCCCUUGUCUUCUUGAUGACGAUCCUGUUAAGAAAGCAGCAAUUGGGAUUAGGAAGCUUGAUCAUGGCGGCGAAGAUGUUGCUGUGAGCUAUGAAGUCAGUGUUUAUAGCCUAAAAGCCAACUCAUGGAAAAGGAUCCAGAACGUGCCUUGCUGUGGUUCAUCAUUAUAUUUAAAUAACAACGUGGUUUUGAACGGCGCUCUAAGUUCUAAACAGUUAGACAAUGAAUAUCAGAACAAGAUCCUAAUCAUUGAUCCUGCCAGUGAGAAAUAUCAUGAGUUUCCCAUUCCAGUCAAUUUGGAUGUCAUGGAAAACCAUCAGUGUAUUUCUGUUUAUAAUUUUAUCAAGUCUCAACGUGAUGCUUGGGUCAUGAAGGAAUAUGGAGUGACAGAGUCUUGGAGCCUGCUUUAUUCGAUUGACGAGCUGGGACUGGGCGCUUAUAGAAGCAAGCCUUGGGCGGUUUCAAAGAAUGGCAAGGGUUCUUUUGAAGGUGGAGUGCGAAGACUUUGA